AUGUCGGGUUGGUCUGUGUCAGAAGUUGUCAAAUGUAUAAAAAUGGCAUUUAGUGAUGGAGUGAGUUAUCAUAUUUUUUUUCACUAUUUAUCUAAAAAAAAUCCUGUUUUUUUUUCCAGAUAAUUUAUGAACCAUCAGAAAAAGAGCUCGGGAAAUAUGAUGAGAAACCCGAGGAAUUUUUGCGAUUUUUGUACGAUAAAUCAGAGCGGAUUUGUGAAUUCUACGAAAAAUUCGAUGAUUUUAAAAUGGAUCUUGCAAAAAGAUAUCCAGUUCCAGAACUGUACCGCUAUGGAUAUGAUAAACCUAGUCUAGAACUCCCGCCUUCUUGUGAGGUUAGACAUAUGGGAAUAUAUAAAGAAGAAGGAGGUCUAGUGGUGAUUUCGAAGCGAAACUUUAUAAUGAUAUUUCAUAAUUCUUUCGAUACCUCAAAGUUCAAAAAUGUCAGUAAAGUAAUGUUCAAAUUCUGGUUCGAUAUUUUUAUUCAUCGAAUAUACGAUGAUUUGGAGAACACUCAUGAAUUUUUGCCUGCUGAGCAUGUCUACCCAAUGCGAGAAUUAGCCAGAAUUUACAAAUGUCCUCCACCAUUAUUGCCACGUUUUAUUGAGGAAAAAUAUUUUCUCGAACUCCGCAAUUAUUUCCAUGAUGAUGCAACAUUCCAAGUCUUCCAUGAACACUUCAAACAAUACUCCAAAAAUCGACCAGUUUCCCAAAAUCAAGUUCUUUAUAGCACAAUUUACUAUGAACUUGUGGUAGGAUUCGAGACGGUUUUGCAAAUUCGCGAAGUUUACAAAGAUGCAUUCGAACCAUCCCAAAAUCCUAUUCCAAUUAUUCGAUGUUUUUGGUCGCCGAAUCAGAAUUUAGGAGAAGAUGAAGAAGAUCAAGAUAGGUUUUAUUUUGAAAAAGAGGUUUUGAAUGCGAUCAAGGAUGUACGGAAGGAUUUGGAGGUCGAAUGCGAAACUGAAACUGAGGAGGAACGAAAACUUGGGCUUGUUCAUAUGAUGAAUCAGGAAACUUUUCUUGACAUUUUGGAAAAAUAUAAUAUUCCGAUGGAAGAAUUGAAGGUAUAGUUGGACAUCGACUGAAUCACAUUUUCAUGUUUUUUUAGCAAUCGAGUUAAAAUGUUGGGUUUUAAUGUUUUUCAUAUGAUAGAAUGAUCUAAGACGAACAGAAUGAUAUAAAUUUUGAUGACUUUACGUUAUCCAUAAGUGAUUUAGCGAGGUUUAGUCGAUAUUUAGUCGAUAAGUCGCUAAAUCACUUAUGGAUAAGGUAAAGUCAUCAAAAUUUAUAUCAUUCUGUUCGUCUUAGACCAUUCUAUCAUAUGAAUAAUAUUAAAACCCAAUAUUUUGACUCAUUCGCUUUAAAAAACAUGAAAAUGUAGUUUAGUCGAUGCCAUUAUAAGUAAAAACAUUUUUUUUUAAACCAAAAAACCAAUUCUUUCCUCCAGAUCAUAAAGAUGGAAAUUCAUUAUUGCUCAAAAUUGUUCGCAGUCCCAAUUAUUUCAAGUUUCGGAACAUUUUGCAAAUUAUCCACUGACGCAUUUAGAGAAGUUAUCUUAUAUUUGAUAAGGAAUAUUCAAUUAUUCGAAAAUAUUCAUGAAAAUGAAUUUGAGACCGUUCUUGAGUGGAUUGAAACGAAUUUGGCUGAUUUUUUGGUGGCAUCUGGGAAGUUAUAUACAAUUGAUGUUUGGAGAAUUGAGGAGAUUAUUGAGAAAGCGAAGAAGGAUUUGAAAAAGAAAUCCCAAGAAUUCAUCAAAAUUCCAUUGAAAGAUUCCUAUGAAAAAUCGGAUAUCUUGGAGUAUAUUCAACAGAAACAUUUGAAUAUAGAUAUGCAACUUGCUGAACGUCUUUAUGGAUUUGAAAACGCUGAAAAUAUUUAUAAAAAACAUGAGGUUUAUCAGAUUUUGGCGGCUUGUUUGGAACAAAAAAUAAUGGCUGGGUUGGAUAAGAUUCGGGCGGUUUAUGGUGUACAACAUAGAUAUCGAAACGAGUUUAGAUAUAGGCAAUUGGUUAUUAGAAAGCUGGAAGAAAAUGAGUUUGUUGAAGAACUUAUGGAAAAAGUUGCGAAUUUAGCCAAGUAAGUUAAGCACUUUUAAAAAGUUCAAAUUUUGAUGAAUGAAACUCAAAAUUCACUUACUUACGUCACAAAAAAUUGAAGUUGAACAUAAAUUUCAGAAAAAAAUGAAGAGAUAUGUGGCCGGGUGGCCGAUAAAUAUCGGGAAUUCGGCCAAAGCAACAAACUCGCUCUAAUGUUGCGAAAAUGCAUUUGUUGGAGCGCGUUUGUUGUUAUGGCCGAAUUCCCGACAUUUCUCGGCCACCCGGCCACAUAUCUUUCUGAAAUUUAUGUUCAACUUUAAUUUUUUGUGACGUAAGUAAGUGAAUUUUGAGUUUCAUUCAUCAAUAUUUGAACAUUUUCAAAAGUUCCCGCCAAAAACUAUUUUUUCAGCUUCACCCUUGCAUACUUCAAAAUUGCCGAAAUCAAUCCAAUUUCAAAAUUCGAACAAUUACUAGAAACCCCGAAUUUCCGCAAAAAUUUCGAUGAAACUCAAUGGAUCUACCUGAAGAAUAUAAUUUUCCAAGAUUCGGAAAAACUCAAAAAAUUCAUCACAACUUUGGAGCAUUUAUAUGAAUUUGAAGAAUAUGAGGGGGGAGAUUUGAUGUUUUCGAAAAGAGAAAAAUAUAUUGGAGAUUCGGAAGCGAUUCGAUUGAUGGAGAUGGAGGAAAUGGAGAGGAUUUCGGAGAAAUCGAGGCAAGAAAAUUCGAAAUUGCGAAGUAUUUUAGAGGCGAUUCAAGGACAAUUGAAAGAGUUGAGGAUGAGCAAGGAGGAUGAGAAAAAAUUGUGAGUUUUUUUUUGUUUUGAGAAUAAAAAACAAUGUAAAACCACUGGUUUUGCAGACUUCAAGAUGAAAUUCGAGAACUUCGGGAAGAGAAUCGGAAAAAGGAAAAUGACAUGAAAAAUUUGGAAAAAGAGUUGAAAUCAGCGAAAAAUUCGAAAAUCGAGGUUGAGAGGAAAUUAGAGAAGAAGGAGAAUGAUUUGAUUUCGGCAGAAAAUUCGAAGAAAAAUCUGGAAAACCAGUUGGAAAAGGCUGAAAAUGAGAGGAUUUUGGCUGAAAAAUCGAAGAAAACCCUGGAAAAUAAAUUAGAAACAUCGAAAAAGGAGAAGAUUGCGAUUGAAAAUCAACUAGUUUCAGCUGAAAAAUCCAUGAAAAAUUUGGAAAAUCAAUUAGAAACAUCGAAAAAGGAGAAGAUUGCGAUGGAAAAUCGAUUAGUUUCGACUGAAAAAUUCCAGAAAAAUCUGGAAUUUCAAUUGGAAGCAGCGAAAAAGGAGAAGAUUGCGAUGGAAAAUCAACUAAUUUUGGCUGAAAAAUUGAAGAAAAAUCUGGAAAAAGCUGAAAAUGAGAAGAUUGUGAUGGAAAAUCGACUAGUUUUGGCUGAAAAUUCUAAGAAAAUCCUGGAAAUUCAAUUGGAAAAAGCUGAAAAUCAACUAAUUCUGGCUGAAACAUCGAAUAAAACCCUGGAAGAUGAGUUGAGAAUGGAGAAAAAUUCAAAAAUUGAAAUUCAAAAUUCCCUGGCUGCAACUUCCACUUCCACUUCCCAACCAAACAUUUUAAAAAUCCAAAAAUUAGAAGCCUGGUUUGAAACUGGAAUCAAAAAAAUGGCUAGAAUCUCUCGAAACCAUAAAAAAUUACGGAAUUACGAAAGGAUUUUGCGAAUUCCACACGAAGAAAUAUUUUCGAAUCUCAAUAAGCUCCUUCAAAAAUUCCCCAACAACGUUGAAAUUUUCCGAGCUAGAAAUCAAGUUUUCAAAAGUUCAGAUUUCUCGGAAAAAAUGGAUACUCUUCGGGGAAAAGUUGAGCGAAUUCGGGGGAAAUUGGAGGGAGAUUUUGAGGAAGAGGAGGAGGAUUCUUUUAUGAAACUUAUGGUGAAAUAUGAGCAAUGGGUGGAGGAAUAUUUGUAA